GUAUAACAGAUAAUGUCGAUCUGAAAGUUAAAACUCGAAAUCUUUUUUAUUCCUUUUUUUAAAUGGUAUUAAAAAAAUUAAAGUAUAACACCUUAUUAUUGGUGUCAUAUUUAUUUUGUAUAAUAUUUAUAGUUUCUAAAGCGGAAACGCCACCCGUUCAAACAUGGUUAAAAACUUCUUGGGAUGCUCCUCAUUUAUUACUCGAAAUAAUAGAGUCUGUUUCUGUAGAGAAUUCUACAGCAUAUUAUCCACUUAUAAAUGAAUUUAUAAACCUAGGAUUAUUUUCUUCCGAAUUAACUUAUCAUGAAAUGUAUAAUACGGCACUCGAUGUUAUCGAAUCAAAGCAGUAUUUAUCAACACCAACGUCAAUAUCAAUUCUCGAAUUCUCUCUUUCGCUUCAUACGACUGCUCCAGCGAUUCAAGCUUAUUACCAUUAUUACAACACGACCGUAGUGCCAAGCAAACAUGAGCCUGAUAUUAAUUUCAAUCCUGAGUGUGACGUUUGGGUUGAUUGGUAUGGUCAUCAAGCUUGUAAUGUUGAAAUUUUUAAAGAACUGACCGGAAUUAGCAAGACCGGAAAAUUUGAUAAACUUCUUAAUAGUUCUGAUCAACAUCCAAAACUUUUGUCAUUUGAUCAUAUUUUAUCUUCUAAUGCAGAAACCACAAAACCAUUGAUUAUAUUAUAUGCUGACGUAAUUUCACCAAGUUUUGUACCUUUUCAUCAAUUUAUAACCGAUUUGGUUGAUAAUGAAGAAGUCGAGUAUGUUUUACGAUAUAAGCCUCCCAGGGGUAGUCGAAAUUCUUUACAUCUUGCUGGAUAUGGAGUGGAAUUAGCAUUAAAGAAAACUGAUUACAUUGUAAUUGAUGAUCGUGAAGUCGAAACUGGUGAUCAUAAUGAAAGGGAAAAUGAAAACUCUGAAUCUUAUAAUGAUUCACACAGAGAAAAAUUAAGCGAGCAUUUAUUUGAUGAAAAUAUAUCCGAGAUUAAGCCACUUACAGCUAGUGCAAUUAGAGAACUUGGCUUAAAAGCUACUCAGUUCAUUAUUUCUUCACAAAAUCCUUUGUUGACUCUUACACAUUUGUCACAAAAUUUACCAAAAUAUUCUUACCAUAUCGCACAGCUUAAUCUCAAUUCAUCGCUUAAACAAGAAAUCAAAAUAAAUCAAAAUUAUUUUGGAUUGGAUUCCAAUUCUUUUUGGCUUAAUGGGCUAACAGUUGACCCAAGUUCUGUUGAUCCAUUCAGUUUAUUGAAACUUCUUCGACGUGAAAGACAAAAUGUGUUGUCACUUAUGAGUCUUAAUAUGACUUCACAGCAAGCUGUUGAAUUUCUUGCUUCACCUAUUAUAUUGGAAUCAAAAUCUUCACAAGAGUUAACUAAAGGAAUUUUCGAUGUUCGCGACAAGUCAGAAAAACAAAAUAUUAUAAUUUGGUUUAACGACAUAGAAAAAGAUAAAAGAUAUUCGAACUGGCCACCUAGAAUAUUUGAUAUUCUUCAUCCAAUUUAUCCGGGACAUAUGAGAUAUAUACGCAAAAACUUGUUUAAUACAUUAUUCGUUAUUGAUUUAUCAUCUGUGAAAAGUCUCGAAGUUAUCAAUGAAAUUAAAUUGUUCAUUGAAAGAAAUAUUCCAAUCAGAUUUGGUCUUAUUCCGCUUGUUGUUAAAGAGAAAAAUGAAUCUAUAAUAAUGGCGAAGAUAUUCUAUUACCUUAUUGAUCAGUAUACAAUGCCCUUAAUCAUGCAAUUUUCCUCACAGGUUCUUAAUGAGUUAAAAAAUUCACCUUCAGCUAAUAUAGUUAAAAUUGCAGAAAAACAAUUCAACAAUGUUAUUAACGAUCAAACACCCAAGGAUAACACAUCAGUUAAAUCUUUUGAUGAUAUUAUUAAGUCUGAUACUGAAUCUUCGCUUGAAGAACAGAUUCUUGGCGCAACAGAAUUUAUUAACAAAUUCAGAAUAGAUGCUGAUGGAAAAGGAAAAGGUGCUUUAUUUAUUAAUGGAAAAUAUUUUGAUUUGGAUGAUAAUUAUCAGAGAGAUAUGAUUCAAACUAUUACUGAACACACUGGAUUCAUACAGCAGAAAGUGUACGUUGGUGAAAUUUCUGAUCAUACAAAUGUAUUUGAAUAUUUUAUGACUUUACCAAGAGUCCCGUCUAGAAGAAACCCUCAUGUGUUCGUAUCAGAUUCACAACCCUUGAAUGUCAUAAAUUUAGUAAAAAACGACGAAAAACUAAGCAGUGGAAGAUAUAUUUAUUCAACGAAACAAGAUGGUAAUGAAGUACCUGUAUCAUUAUUACUUAUAACUAAUUUUGACAGUGAAUAUGGAGCUAAGCAAGGAUUAGAAGCUUUGAAAUAUUUGGAUGAAUCAUCAAACGCACGCGUAGCAUUCAUUCAUAAUCCUUCAACUCAACCUAGUAUACGCGAGGAUAUUAGUCUAUCUUCUCUUAUUUAUCUUAUAUUACACAGUUCUGAAACGAAUACUGUAGAUAUGCCGGAUUUACCAAAAAUCCUCAAAGAAGCUUUCGAAGAAUAUCUUAAUAUAGAAAAUAAAAUUAAAAUGCCAUUUGUUGAACAAACAGAAUCACAAGAGAUACCAAUUUCAAAUUAUGAAAGCGCAAACCCUGCUAGAUCCUUUGGAUGGCAAUUUGCUGAUAAAGUCAAGUCACAAACUUAUUGGAAAGAAUGGAAUUCAUUUACACGGAAAACGUUGAAAUUGAAUGAAAAUGAUACUGCUAUCAUAGUUAACGGUCGUGUUGUGGGACCUUUCAUUAAAGAAGAUUUGUUCGUCGUAGACGAUUUCAACUUAUUGGUUGAAUUAGAAUUCUCUGAGCGUAUCGAACCUGUAAUAAAUGCCGCAAAAGCAGCUAAUUUAACAAUACAUUUGGACAGGUCCAAUUAUCCGGAUUUUGUGACUAAAGCAACUUCUAUAAUAACUGCUUCUAUGACAUCGGAUGUUCCUGUUGGUCUUUUUGGUGGACAAGAAUUAAAGCGAGAUCUUUCAUUCAAGAAGUUGAAAUCAGAAAAUAGCAAAAUUGUUGUUGGUGAUAUAGAAGCAGCAAUAUACAAGAUUAGUGUUUUAAUUGAUCCUUUAAGUGAAACGGCACAAAAAUGGUCCACGAUAUUAGAGAUACUAUCGCAAAUUGAUGGAGUUGCUAUUGAGUUAUAUUUUAAUCCAAAGAUGAAUUUAGCUGAAAUUCCGAUAAAGAGAUUUUAUCGUUAUGUAUUAGAACCGAAAUUGAAAUUUAAUACUACGACUGGAAACCUAAUUGCCCCAUCCGCCCAUUUUUCGAAUUUACCUGAAGAUCCUUUACUAACACUUGGAAUGGAUGUAAUUCAAGCAUGGCUAGUAACACCUAAAGUUUCUAUUCACGAUUUGGAUAAUAUUCGGUUAGCAAAUUUAGAUUCUCGUUUGAGGAUAAAAGGAGUGGAAUCGGUAUUUGAAUUAAAUAAUAUUCUUAUUGAGGGUCAUGCACGUGAUAUGACACUACAAGCACCUCCAAGCGGACUACAGAUUGUACUUGGUACAAAAAAUAAUCCUGUAAUGGUAGAUACUAUUGUAAUGGCAAAUCUUGGAUAUUUGCAAUUAAAAGCAAAUCCUGGUAUAUGGACAUUUAGUUUAAGAGAAGGAAGGUCAUCAGAAAUAUUUGAUAUACAAAGUGCUGGAAGUGAAGGAUGGUAUAGUCGUAAUGUUGAAGAAAUCGGGAAUGAAAUAGUAUUAAAUAAUUUCGAAGGAUUGAUUAUUUAUCCAAGGUUUACUAGGAAACCUGGUAAAGAAAACGAAGAUGUAUUAAAACUUGAAGAAAAAGAUGGAAUUUGGAACUAUUUUAUGGAUAAGUUUUCGAAAAAUGUUUCUAAACAGAAUAAAGCAGAAAUUAAUAUAUUUUCUGUAGCAUCUGGCCAUCUGUAUGAAAGAUUUUUGUCUAUAAUGAUUCUAAGUGUAUUGAAGCAUACAAAAAGUCGUGUUAAAUUUUGGUUUAUCGAAAACUUUUUAUCACCAUCUUUCAAGGAUUUUAUCCCACAUAUGGCUGAAGAAUAUAAUUUUGAAUAUGAACUUGUUACAUAUAAGUGGCCGCAUUGGUUAAGAGCACAAAAAGAAAAGCAAAGAACUAUCUGGGGAUACAAGAUCUUAUUUCUUGAUGUACUUUUUCCACUUGAUUUGGAUAAAGUUAUAUUUGUUGAUGCGGACCAAAUUGUACGAGCAGAUUUAAAAGAAUUAGUCGAUAUGGAUCUUCAAGGAGCCCCAUAUGGAUAUACACCAUUUUGUGACAAUAGGCCAGAAAUGGAUGGAUUUCGAUUUUGGAAGCAUGGAUAUUGGAAGGAUCAUUUAAAAGGAAAACCAUAUCAUAUUAGUGCAUUGUACGUUGUAGAUUUACAACGAUUCCGUCAUAUGGCAGCAGGAGAUCAGAUACGUGGACAGUAUCAAUCACUUAGCGUAGACCCAAAUUCAUUGGCAAAUUUAGAUCAGGAUUUACCUAAUAAUAUACAACAUAUUGUACCAAUAUUUUCUUUACCACUUGAAUGGCUUUGGUGUGAAACUUGGUGUAGUGAUGAAUCACUUGCGGGAGCAAGAACCAUAGAUUUGUGUAAUAAUCCAAUGACAAAAGAACCAAAACUUGAUCGUGCAAGACGUCAAGUUCCAGAAUGGGAAUCUUAUGAUAAAGAAAUUGCCACUUUUGCUGCAAAAAUUUCCCAAUCACAAAAAUCUUUUAUUACGGAAUCAAAUAUUCAAAGUAAGAGUACAAUUGAAGUGAGCAGUGAAAGUAAAAUUCCUGUAAAAACUGAAAAACAUGAAGAAUUAUGAUUUAUAUUAGUGAGUAGAAUUAUACACAAAUCACAAAUUCAACAAUAGAAUUUUUAUUUUAUUUUAUUUUAUAUUUUAUUUUAUUUUAUAUUUUUUUUUUAUUUAAAUUUUUUUUUUUACAAACCUUAAUAUAAUCAUAUUAUAAAAAAUUAUCAACAUGAUUAUAUGUUAAAAGAGUCUUAAAUUAAAGGAAAAAGUAUAUUAAAAGUAGUAGUAUACAAUAAUUUAUAAAACUUACUUUUAGAAUGUAAAUGUAAAUUAA